GCAGAUUAUCGCUGGGAAAAUUUGCGACAGCUGCCAAUGAUGCCCCGGUUCUUUGUCUUAAUGCUGCUAUGUUUGCUGGUGCUACAUAUUUACUGGACUUACAUAAUCCUAAAAAUUGCUAUUAAAUCAGUGCAAGGAAACAUUGAUGAUAUUCGGGAGGAAUCGGAUGAUGAAACGCCUUCUUCUUCUUCACCUUUACGAGCUGAGGAUGGAUUUAUGAAGAACAACACGAAAAAAGCAGACAAAUUGGAAUGA